AUGACGAGCUUUGGGAAGGUGGCCCCUUUGAGGUCAACUAUGACGGAGAUCCUAUCCGAGGUUCGGGACGAGAUCUGGAAGAAAGGAACUGGCAACGAUUCACGGCUGCACGGAGACACAGACGGCUAUGGAUCCUUCCAUUCAUUAGCCAAUCUUACCAUUGCGAUAGAUGGAAUUGACAAAGUGAGCGACUAUACUCGGUCCCUGGAUCUCGGCACCGGUAUUCAUACGACAACCUACUCGACAGGCAAGGGAAAGUAUACUACAGACGUCUACUGUAGCUACCCUGCUCAAGUCUGUAUCUACAAGUUAAACUCCACAGCAACUUUGUCUAAGGUUACUAUUUACUUCGAUCAACUUGUCGAGGAAAGCUCACUUUGGAAUGCCACCUGCGACUCGGACUUCGCUCGUCUCCGAGGUGUCACACAGGAAGGACCUCCGCGUGGAAUGACAUAUGAUACGAUUGCGCGAAGCUCUAUUCCUGGUAGAUGCGACAGUUCAACCGGAAAACUAGCUAUCAACGCCAGAAAUAGCUCGUCUCUGACGAUUGUAAUCGGUGCGGGAACGGACUUCGACGGGACUAAGGGAACUGCGGCGACCGAUUACACUUUCAAGGGGGAGGAUCCAGCAGAAUAUGUCGAGAAAAUCACAUCCUCAGCCUUGUCACAAUCAGAAUCAAAACUGAGGACAGAACACAUUGAGGACUACAGCGGCUUGAUGAGUGCUUUUACCUUGGAUCUGCCAGAUACCCAGGACUCCACCGGCACAGAGCUCUCCACUCUUAUAACCAACUAUAACGCCAACAAGACGGACGGAGAUCCAUACUUGGAGAAGCUCCUUUUCGAUUAUGGUCGCCACUUGUUCAUCUCUUCAUCACGCGCGAACAGUCUCCCCCCAAAUCUUCAGGGGGUAUGGAGUCCCACGAAGAAUGCAGCCUGGAGCGGCGAUUAUCAUGCAAACAUCAACCUCCAAAUGAACCUUUGGGGAGCCGAAGCGACAGGACUAGGCGAACUGACAGUUGCUGUCUUCAAUUACAUGGAACAGAACUGGAUGCCGCGUGGUGCUGAAACCGCCGAACUUCUUUACGGCGGUGCUGGUUGGGUUACUCACGAUGAGAUGAACAUAUUCGGACACACUGGCUCUCUCGUUGUUAACCCUUGUACCUCCCCCGAGCAAGGACCAACCACCUUCGGCUGCACGCACUGGCAACAGCUCAUUCACCAAGUGUACGAGAACGCCAUCCAAGGCGCAGAGAUCGCGGGCGAAACAGACUCCACCCUUCUGAAAGACAUCAAAGACCAACUCCCCCGCCUCGACAAAGGCCUCCACAUCGGCACCUGGGGCCAAAUCAAGGAAUGGAAACUGCCCGACAGCUACGAUUACGAAAAAGAGGGUAACGAGCAUCGCCAUCUCUCUCAUCUCGUUGGCUGGUACCCGGGCUGGUCUCUAUCCUCGUACUUCAACGGUUACAACAACGCUACGAUCCAGUCCGCAGUUAACACCUCCCUUAUCAGCCGUGGCGUGGGCUUAUACACGAACGCCGGAUGGGAGAAAGUAUGGCGGUCCGCCUGCUGGGCUCGUCUCAAUAACACGGAAAAAGCUCACUAUGAACUCCGCUUGACUAUUGACCAGAACAUUGGCCAAAGUGGACUGUCCCUCUAUAGUGGUGGUGAUACUCCGUCUGGUGCCUUCCAGAUCGAUGCUAACUUUGGGUAUCUGGGGGCUGUGUUGAGUAUGUUGGUUGUUGAUAUGCCGCUUGACAGUACCCAUUCCGAGGAUGAUGUUCGGACGGUUGUUCUGGGUCCGGCUAUUCCUGCUGCUUGGGCUGGUGGUAGUGUUAAGGGACUUCGACUUCGCGGUGGUGGAAGUGUUGACUUUUCUUGGGAUAGUGAGGGGUUGGUGGAUAAGGCGAGUGCGACGGGGGUAUCGAGUAAUGUCCGUAUUGUUAAUGUUGAGGGGACUGUGCUUGUUUGA